AUGGUAUUGAACAUUGGACAACCUGCUCCCGACUUUAAGGGUACUGCCGUCGUGAACGGUGCUUUUGAAGAAAUCUCCUUGUCCCAAUACAAGGGUAAGUGGGUCUUCUUGGGCUUCUACCCUCUCGACUUCACUUUUGUCUGCCCUACUGAGAUUGUCGCUUUCUCUGAAGCUGCUUCCAAGUUUGCUGAACGUGGUGCUGAAGUUAUCUUGGCCUCUACUGACUCUGAAUACUCUCACCUUGCCUUCAUCAACACUCCCCGUAAGGACGGUGGUUUGGGUGGUAUCAAGAUCCCCCUCUUGUCCGACGGUAACCACAAGAUCUCCCGUGACUAUGGUGUCUUGAUCGAAGACGCUGGUGUUGCUUUCCGUGGUCUCUUCUUGAUUGACCCUAACGGCGUUUUGCGUCAAAUCACCAUCAACGACCUUCCCGUCGGUCGUUCCGUUGAAGAGUCUCUUCGUCUUUUGGAUGCUUUCCAAUUCGUUGAAGAGCACGGUGAAGUUUGCCCUGCUAACUGGCAAAAGGGUGCUGAUUCCAUUGAUACUAAGGAUCCCUCCAAGUACUUUGGCAAGCAAUAA